GUGCAGCAUUGAUGCGAGCGGAGCCGGAGCGCGUAUUGGGGUGAACUAGUAGCCUACUGACAACGAGUGGUGCUGGAUAUUUUUCAUGCAAUUGGCUCUGCUGCAUGCUUGAAACGAACUGCUUUUUAUCGUGACGGUAUAACAUCAUGUUUUUGCCUCUAUAUUUUUACACUGGAUUUGAUAUUGACCAUAUCUCCCCGGGACGUGUUCGAUGUAUUCAUGUGUGAGAUUGGAGGAAACGAAUUAGCAAAAGAAAGAUAAAAGACUUUGACAGAGAGAGAGUGAAAUCUCUUAUCGGCUCGCCUGGAAAUUAAAAGGUAACCGUGGUCUUCACUCAUAGCAUUAGGCCCACAAGAUUCGUUCUGUCAACAGCAUCAUUGGUCUACAUUCGAUGACUGGACUUUGGCUAUUCACGGAUUUUCUCAAUGCGGAUUCCUUUUUUACGUUUCCAUCGGAUAUGUGGUGUGAUAUAAUUGCCCAUUGAAGAGGAAAAGUCAUUACAACGGAAAAGUCAUUACAACUUGAACAAAUCAUUCAUAUGCAUUUGUGGACGUAUGCGUAAAAUUCAGUGUGUCUAAAAUUCUCCUUAUGGUUGUUGAAUCGCAAUCAUGAUGCUGGGAAGAAUUGAACUGGAUCAUUUUUAGCCAAUAAUUUAAUCUUCAGUGAACAUUAUUUUUGGGGGUAAACCUGUUCAUUAGAAUUUUCCUCCCUUUUGAUUUUUUUAAUUCAUUAUUUGCAUUGUUUUCCAGCCUGUAUCGAAAUGGUCGGUUUAUCUUGUCAGACGUUCCUAUAGUUGUAGCUUGAUACAAACAGCGCAGAUGUAUAUGUUGUUCUGAGACCAUCAGUGUUCUGAGACCAUUCAGAAUGUUUUCUAAUAUCUAUCCUCAAGAUCUCACGCGUUGCAGCAGAUUGGGGAAUGUGGUUUCUCUCAGAAGAGUACAAUGAGGUAGAUGGACUUAAGACCAUAUAAUCAAGUUACAUGUAUACCAGAUAGGAUACCAGAUAGCCUUUUAUGUUAUCGAAACCUAUUCCAUGGAUAACUUUUCGAUGAGAUUCGCUAACUGGAACAUUUUGCCAGUUAUCUCUGACAUGCAUAGCUGUGCGUGAUCGUACGAGGUCCCAAUUAAAUCCAAGGAAAAAUCAACAGGUACAAUGUACGCCAAGGACAUGGAUUUUAUGCAAAUUCUUUGGAUAGUCCUUUUAUGCUGGACUGGGUCUGAUUCUGUUAUCAAUUUGAAAUACUCGAUAAACGAGGAGCAGAAGGCUGGGUAUAUCAUUGGAAACGUGACAAAGGACGCACAAACUCAAGGAUUUGCCAUUGCACCGCGUGCGCCGUACUUGCGGGUCAUCUCAAAUUCAGAGCCGCGAUGGGUGGAACUCAGCCCUGCUGGACUUCUCCUCACACAUCAGAAAAUAGACCGAGAUGUGGCUUGCCGACAGACGUCAAAGUGCACUGUCUCUCUGGAGGUGAUGUCAAACUCCAUGGAGAUCUGUGUGAUUAAAGUUGAAAUUGUGGAUUUGAACGAUAAUGCGCCCAGGUUCCCCACAAACCACAUUGACAUUGAAAUCUCAGAGAAUGCCUCCCCUGGUACCAGGUUUCCCCUAGAGGGGGCAAGCGAUCCGGACUCUGGGAUUUUCGGUGUGCAAUCAUAUUCGAUCACCCCGAAUGAGCUCUUCGGGUUGGAGAUUAAGACUAGGGGGGACGGGUCCAAGAUUGCCGAACUCGUAGUGCAAAAAUCGUUAGAUAGGGAGACCCAGUCUCACUACUCAUACGAAAUCAGUGCAGAAGACGGUGGAGACCCCCCAAAGAUUGGCGCAGUUCAGCUCAAUAUUAAAGUAAUGGAUUCGAAUGAUAAUAAUCCCGUUUUUGACCAGCCUGUGUAUACAGUGAAUGUGAUGGAGAAUUAUCCUAUUAAUACACUUGUAAUUGAUUUGAAUGCAACGGAUCCUGACGAGGGAACUAAUGGUGAGGUUGUAUACUCGUUUAACAGUUACGUCACCGAGAAAACUAGAGAUGUAUUUAAAAUCGACCCUAGAACCGGUAUUAUCACUGUAAAUGGCCCGUUGGAUUAUGAAGCAACCCAUAUUUACGAGAUUGAUGUCCAAGCCAAAGAUUUAGGUCCAAAUUCUAUUCCGGCUCAUUGUAAAGUUACGGUCAAUGUGAUGGAUGCAAAUGAUAACCCACCUGUCAUUAGUUUAUUGUCGGUGAAUACAGAGCUGAUUGAAGUUAGUGAGAACGCGCCACGUGGAUACGUUAUUGCAUUAGUAAGGGUCUCAGAUAAGGACGCUGGCGCGAAUGGCAAGGUGCAGUGUAGACUACAAGGCAACGUCCCUUUCAGGCUCCAGGAAUACGAGAGCUUCUCAACCAUCCUUGUCGAUGGCAGGCUAGACAGAGAACAGAGGGACACAUACAAUCUAACUAUCCAAGCAGAGGACAGUGGCACCCCCCCUUUACGUGCCACUAAAUCGUUUGUAGUGAAAGUCACAGAUGAAAAUGAUAACCCCCCCCACUUCCUAAAACCCCAUUACCAAGAGAUGGUUCUAGAAAAUAACCUGCCCGGCUCAUGUUUGCUGGCAGUGUCUGCUGUAGAUCCCGAUUUGGGCAUGAAUGGCACCGUUUCAUACACCAUCGUUCCCAGUGAGAUUAAACACAUGGACGUAAACACAUAUGUCAGUAUAAAUCCUUCAGGACGUAUUUACUCCAUGAGAUCAUUCGACCAUGAGUACACUAGGACUUUUGACUUCAAAGUUUUGGCCAGGGACCAAGGGAAUCCGUCCUUAUCCACUAACGCGACGGUGCGCAUUGUUGUUUUGGAUGUGAAUGACAAUACACCUGUUAUGACUACUCCACCCCUGGUAAAUGGCACCGCGGAAGUAUCCAUUCCAAGGAACGCAGGGGUGGGUUACCUGGUGACCCAAGUCAAGGCCGACGACUACGACGAGGGGGAGAAUGGAAGGCUGACCUAUACCAUUUCGGAGGGAGACAGGCCUUUCUUUGAGAUAGACCAGGUGAAUGGAGAGGUGCGGUCCACCAAGAUGUUCGGGGAGCAGGUCAAGUCGACCUACGAGAUCACAGUGGUGGCACGCGACCACGGGAAACCGUCCUUGUCGGCCUCUGCAUACAUUGUUGUCUACCUCUCACCAGACCUGAACGCCCAGGAAUCUAUUGGACCAGUAAACCUGUCAUUGAUUUUCAUCAUUGCCCUGGGCUCUAUUGCAGCUAUCCUGUUUGUCACUAUGAUUUUUGUGGCAGUCAAGUGCAAAAGGGAUAACAAGGAGAUCCGAACGUACAACUGCAGUUUCUUCUACUUGCGCAGGGUGGCGGAGUACUCGUAUGGCAGCCAGAAGAAGUCGAGCAAGAAGAAGCUGAGCAAGAACGACAUCCGCCUCGUGCCGCGCGACGUGGAGGAGACGGACAAGAUGAACGUGGUGAGUUGCUCGUCUCUCACCUCCUCGCUCAACUACUUCGACUACCACCAGCAGAGCCUGCCGCUGGGCUGCAGGCGCUCCGAGAGCACCUUCCUCAACGUGGAGAACCAGAACUCGCGCAAUGCCGCGCCCAACCACGGUGGCUAUCAGCAGCAUCCCUUCGCCAGCGGGCAGGGUCCCCAGCAGCCUGACCUCAUCAUCAACGGCAUGCCGCUGCCAGAGACGGAGAACUAUAUCGACUCCAGCUACGUAAACAGCCGAGCACACCUUAUCAAAAGCACAUCGACAUUCAAGGACCUGGAGGGCAAUAGUCUGAAGGACAGCGGGCACGAGGAGAGCGACCAGACGGACAGUGAGCACGACGUCCAGAGAGGCCACUACAUAGACACUGCUGUCAACGAUGUGCUCAAUAUGACCGUGCCCCCCAACGUCUGCCAGCUGCCCGACCAAGGUAGGAGAAAAGACCCCAGCGAAGGCUUCCACUGCCAGGAAGAGUGUCGUAUCCUGGGCCAUUCGGACCGCUGCUGGAUGCCCCGUGUGCCUGGUCCGGCCCGCGGCAAGUCGCCUGAGCAUGGCCACCCACGUAACAACGUCAUCGCCCUGUCUAUUGAGGCCACCACCGUAGAUGUGCCCCACUACGAGGACUGUGGCACCGGCACCAUCAAAAGGACUUUUGCCACCUUCGGCAAGGAUGGCCCAGAAGACCCCGACCGGGGUGAGCUAAAGGGCAACAAGCGGACAAUGAUGGAGUCUCAGGUGUGCAGCCCCAAGGCCAACGGCGGCGCCGUGCGCGAGGCGGGCAAUGGGCGCGAAGCAGCCAGUCCCAUCACCUCCCCUGUGCACCUGAAGAGCCCGCUGGCCAAGGUGCCAUCCGGCUACAACACGCUCAGGUGCCGUGGCGCCGAGCGCAUUGCCAACCACAGCAUGCUGCGGCAGCCCGAGGGGAAGGACAGCGAGCCGGCCGUCCGGGAGAUCAACACUCUCCUCCACGACGGCAGCCAUCUUGAGAAGGAGUCUCCCAGCAGCAAGCGCCUGAAGGACAUUGUGCUCUAACGGGCCUCAGGGGAGCACGCACACACACACACACACACACACACACACACACACACACACACACACACACACACACACACACACACACACACACACACACACACACACACACACACACACACAGUGUAAACAAACACAUAUAUAUAUAUACACAUACUCCGCCAUAUCUGUGUGUACCCAGGUGAAAGUCAAGCCGAUGAAAGAGAGAGAGAGAGAAAGACACAACUUGAGCGUAGUAUACAGUACUAAGGACAAAGCCCAGAUGUGAAAUAUUACUGGAAAAUGCUGAGCUUCAUGUUGUGUUCCUCCAGAAAAGUGAAGGCCGUGGAUGUGGCUUUGUUGUAGACGCAGUACUUUUCUUGUUUGGUUUUCCGUUCGUUUUCUGCAGCCAGUGGACAGGCAGGUUGCUGUUGACUGUGUGACUUGCCCCUUCGGCCGGAUUCUGCCUCUCCCCUGUUCAGAUUUAGGACCUGACACCUACGGUGACGGAUAACAAAAAGUACAGAACUUUGCCUUUUGACUGUUUUUGCAUCACUAACUGAGAUUGCCUUCUUUGGUUUUGUCUCGGCUGCCAAAUUGACUCCUCGUUUCCUUUGUAAAGCUCCCCACAGUGCAACAGACGGAGACAGACUGACAUGCACAUGAUUCUUCUUCUGUGAACCAUUGCCUCUAUGUGCAUCUUGAACAGUGGUCAGUAGUGAAGACGGAGGAGGGAAGCAACACAUUCCGAGUCUCAUUUUCUUCUCGGUCUGAUAAGAGAAUCCGUAUUCUCUGUAUACACCCCCCCCCCCCCCCCCACCACCACUGGAGGACAUCCCAGUGUCACCAGACUGUGAGGUCUGCACAGUAUUUAUGGUUUAUCACUGAUGGAGCUUAAUGAACUCUUGCUAUCUGCCCAGGCACUCCCAACACUGGGAAGUGGGACAGACUUUCGACUGAGCUAUGAGGAAGAUAAAAAAAUACUUAUUGCUUUUGAAAUCUCCUGUGCCCAUUCUUGAUUGUAGCCAGUGGAGCACAAUUAGAACUUUGUGAUCUGGUCUUGUACUUUUUCUGACUUUUGACUAUGGGGCUAGGAUAGAAGGGAUCGUCACUCACGUCUUGCUAUGUGAAACUCUGUAUAGGGUUUACUAUUAUCAUUUUUAAUAACCUGUUGUUAUGUGACAAUCCCUUUAAUGUUUUGUUUCAAGAGUAAAAAAAUAAAAAAAUAAACAUUGGUGUUCAACUGAAGCUACAGUAGCGUUGUUACACAAACAAAAACAAAAAAACAUAUGCCAAAAUAUAUUUUAUAAAUAAUUUAAAAAUGUAUAAUGAGAAUAUUUAAUUCCGUGUAGUUAUUUUAUCAGUAAGUUAUACUUGAAAUUAACUGGCUUUUGUUUAUUUGGCAUUUUUUAAUGAUUAUGAUUAUUUUUCAAAAUGAACUUGUUUUUUUGUUUUUGUUUACUGUGUUACCCCUGGCAACUGUUGACUUGCAGUCUACCUUGUUGUAAAGAGUUUCUUAUUGGUCAGUUCUUGUGCCAUCAAGUUUCUGUGUGGACAAAUAGAAAAUGUAAAAAUACAAAAAAUAUUGCAAUUUCAGCACCAAUAGUAGUGUGUCAGUUCAAUGAGCUUAGAGUGAGAUAGCAAAAUAAACCAAAAAAGAAGCAAACAAAACCGUAAAGAUUGCUUAAUCUUAAUAUUUAAGUAAGAAGAAGAUGGUUAAUUAAGCUAGUUUAAGCUAGUGAGAUAAUUCCACCUAUUUCUGUGUGUCUGUUUUUGGACUAAGGUUUCCUGCUGGUUCCUCACCUCAGAACUGGCCUUAGUGAUAUGAACCAGAGAAUAAGCCCUGUCAACACUUCAAGUAAGAGACUAAAGGGGAAGGUAUGCAGACAAGCUUUGCUCAACUGCUGUGCCAUCAUGUAUCAUCUCCUUUGAAUUGAGUCUGAAAAUAUAUUUAAGAACAGCAAGACAAACCUUUCAGUCAUGACCAAACAGAUUUGGUGGAAUCGUAUGUUUAAAGGAUAUUAAGUUCUUCGAAGAACCAUCUUGCAAAUCAGCAAUGCGGUUUUCAGUUGCUUUACAGUUAAACUAUGUACAACAUGGAAAAUUGUAAAUGAAAAAAGGACAAAAUGACAUACAAUGAAAUAGAUCUUGUAGCUGAAUGUUUUUGCUUGUCUCACCCAUGGCUUUUGGCAACAUGAACAUCGGAAUAAUCACUGAAUGUAUACAGCAGCUUAUUAUUAAACUAUUAAAUGUU